UUUACAAAACUCCUGACAUACUUUAACCCGGAAAACAACACUAACUGUCGUCUAAUUGCAUUUUUCCUGGAGAUGAUUUAUUAAUAUAUUAACUAAAACAGUUGAUAUGGCUUCUUGGAAAUCAGGACGUCCAAAUGAAGGUGUUUUUCUUGAAAUUUUGUGCAUGUGACGAUCUUCCCUGCACAACAUCGUGCUCAACAUGAGGCUAUCAGACUACGGUAUCUUCUCAUUUCUACUAUUUUGUGGGAACAUUGACAGUGUUAUUAGUCAAAUCACGUAUGUUAAACGUAACGCUGGUGCAGAGAAGUAUGAUAGAUUUGGUCCUGUACAAAGACAAUGCCAUAAGCAUGGAGCACACGGUACUAAGAAUGCUCUGAAAGAGUGUGAAUGCGACUCUGGAAAAAGCACGUUUCUCUAUUUCAACGAAUCAUGUGUUCAAAAACCUUUCAUUGAAAGCAUAUUAAUAAGAAAAUCAGAUUGUAAUCAGGUCAAGUUUAAAGAGGAACAUGAUGCAACACCUUACCGUGUCUUUGAUUUAAAUAUAGCUUCAACACAACAAAAGUCACGUUUCAAAGACUCACCAGGUUUAACAAUUGUAGGGGACAAUUGUACAGUGAAUCCCAUUAUACAUUAUAUCAAUGACCAUGAUCUACAUGGAGCUGUGGUGACAAAAUAUAGUAACAUAUUUAACAUUGACAAUGAUAACAAGGUAUGUAUGUACACUUAGUUUCCAAUUCACUAGG